GUAUACAAGAAGUAGAAUUUUUACUAGGUCACAAAAAACAUCCUGUAUCUAUGUAGAGUUUUUCACUCGACUCUAUUAUCGCCUUGAACUUUUACUUAUAACAUCAGCACGUAUAUGAUGCGCCGCUCAGUGUAAAGACAACGCGUGCUGGAUGAAUACAAUCAGUGUUUUCAUUUUUUGAAAGUCGAGCAAAAAUAAUGGAUUUCAAAAACAAAGUCGUAAUCUUAACCGGAGGCAGCGGGGGCAUCGGCGAAGCUACGUCCCUCCUGUUCAGUAAAGCCGGGGCCCAACUCGUCAUAGUCGGCCGAAACGAAGCCAAACUGAAAGCAGUCGAAGCCAAAUUCACCGGCCUAAAGCCGUUUCUCGUCAAAGCGGAUAUAUGCAAAGAUAACGAAGCCAAAGCCGUCGUACAAAAGACGAUCGAGAAAUUUGGCAAAAUCGACGUUCUAGUGAACAAUGCCGGGGUAUAUCAUGCCGGGAACCUCAUGGACGGGAGUAUUGUGAGCACCUAUGAUGACAUAAUGAAUGUGAACUUCCGUGCAGUGGUAGUGUUAACCAGUUACGUGGCUCCGCAUUUAGCCAAAACGAAAGGCAACGUAGUCAAUAUCUCGAGCGUACUUGGCUUCGUGCCUACCAAACUUCCUGGCGGCCACGUAUACGCAGCAUCCAAGGCGGCCAUCAUACACUUUACUCAAGCUGCUGCUAUUGAAAUGGCCCCACAUGGGGUAAGAGUGAACGUAGUCAGCCCGGGGCCAGUGAGCACUGAGAUGAUUGGAGACAAAAACUUCACGCCGGAAAUCCAAAAGCAUAUAAAACAGUCGACUCUCUUAAAGAAGUUCGCCAGUCCAGACGAGAUCGGAGAAGCCAUAUUGUUCUUAGCGAGCGACAAGGCGAAGAGCGUUACGGGUUCCAACUUCAUUUUUGACAACGGGUUCGCAUUGGGACAGUAAACCCAACGGAAUUCACCCAGAAGCCUUGAGAAUUACUUAAAUUCUUCCCAGUUCUUGCUUAUAAAGAAGAGUCUUUAUCGAUUCUCGUCAAGACUCAAGAAGCUUGUAAUUUUUAAAAACGUUGACAGUGCCUUCUAUAUACCUCUUCGAUCAUGCAGCGAUGUAAAAGUGAGCCGAAUAUAGGACCUUUUUUUAAGUCGGAUAAAAAGAAGAGAGAAGUUUCUUGCUAUAAUAUGCUUGGACUCUGGACGGAUGCUUAUACUAGUUACGUCGCGACGUCUGACAUUGUUCAUAAUCUUUUACACUGUUUUAAUAUUAGUAAAUGUAUGUCUAGCUCUAAGUUAAAUGUAGAUGCUUUUUUAGUGUUCCGUACUCAAAUGGUAAAAACGGGACCCUAUUACUGAG